GUGCGGCUUUGCGGGGCGUCCUGGGGCAGCCGGGAGCGGCUGACCCUCUGCCUGCGGGGACGGGAGUCGCGAGGCGGCCGCCAUGGCGGUGUCGGAGAGCCAGCUCAAGAAAAUGCUGUCUAAGUACAAAUACAGAGACCUAACUGUACGUGAAACUGUCAAUGUUAUUACUCUAUACAAAGAUCUUAAGCCUGUAAUGGAUUCAUAUGUUUUUAAUGAUGGCAGUUCCAGGGAACUAAUGAACCUUACUGGAACAAUUCCUGUGCCUUAUAGAGGUAAUAAAUACAAUAUUCCAAUAUGCCUAUGGCUGCUGGACACAUACCCAUAUAAUCCCCCUAUCUGUUUUGUUAAACCUACUAGUUCAAUGACUAUUAAAACAGGAAAGCAUGUUGAUGCAAAUGGGAAGAUAUAUCUUCCUUAUCUACAUGAAUGGAAACAUCCACAGUCAGACUUGUUGGGACUUAUUCAGGUCAUGAUUGUGGUGUUUGGAGAUGAACCUCCAGUCUUCUCUCGUCCUACUGUUUCAGCACCCUAUGCACCCUACCAGGCAACAGGGCCACCAAAUACUUCCUACAUGCCAGGCAUGCCAAGUGGAAUCUCUGCAUAUCCAUCCGGAUACCCUCCCAACCCCAGUUUCCCGGGCUGUCCUUAUCCACCUGGUGGUCAGUAUCCUGCCACAACAAGUUCCCAGUACCCUUCCCAGCCUCCUGUGACCACUGUUGGUCCUAGUAGGGAUGGCACAAUCAGUGAGGACACCAUCCGGGCCUCUCUUAUCUCAGCAGUCAGUGACAAACUGAGAUGGCGAAUGAAGGAGGAAAUGGAUCGCGCCCAGGCAGAGCUCAAUGCCUUGAAACGAACAGAGGAAGACCUGAAAAAAGGUCACCAGAAAUUGGAAGAGAUGGUUACCCGUUUAGAUCAAGAAGUUGCUGAGGUUGAUAAAAACAUAGAACUUUUGAGAAAGAAGGACGAAGAACUAAGUUCUGCUCUGGAGAAAAUGGAAAAUCAGUCUGAAAAUAAUGACAUUGAUGAAGUUAUCAUUCCCACAGCUCCACUAUACAAACAGAUCCUAAAUUUGUAUGCAGAGGAAAAUGCUAUUGAAGACACUAUCUUUUAUCUGGGAGAAGCCUUGAGGCGGGGAGUAAUAGACUUGGAUGUCUUCCUCAAGCACGUACGUCUUCUGUCGCGUAAACAGUUCCAGCUGAGGGCACUAAUGCAAAAAGCAAGAAAGACUGCUGGGCUCAGUGACCUCUACUGACUUCUCUGACAUCAACUGGAGAUUGAGCUCUUCUUAAUGCAUUCUUUUCUCUUCCUUUCUCUUAUCAGUAGGUGCCCAGAAUAAGUUAUUGCAGUUUAUCAUUCAAGUGUAAAAUAUUUUGAAUCAAUAAUAUAUUUUCUGUUUUCUUUUGGUAAAGACUGGCUUUUAUUAAUGCACUUUCUAUCCUCUGUAAACUUUUUGUGCUGAAUGUUGGGACUGACUAUGCUAAAUAAAAUUUGUUGCAUAAUUUUUCUCUUCUUUAUUCAACUUCUUUAGACAAAAUCUGAAUUUUUUUUGAUUUAGCAAACAAAGCAUAAUACCCAUCUUAAACUGAUAUGUGUACAUACUUAUUUUUACAUUGUAGAGGAAGUUAUAUAUUUUUUAUAGCAUAUACAUUAACAUGGGUGUCGGCCAGCUAGAAUAAAAGAAUAAACUUGAUGAACAGAAUCAGAAUUUCUGUAACACAAUGUACGCACAUCAUAGUGUGUCGGACCAGAUGGCAAGUACGAGGCAAGGCACCAAAACACUUCUAACAGAGUUGCUUAGGAAUUGUACCAGUAAGCUAUUAUCCAAUAUCUGGAUGCUAAAUCAAAGAGCAAGCUAAGAACCAUUCCCUUUCCUUUUUUCAAACUUUUAAGAAUAUCUCUUCCUCAGUAACUUUAGAAUGGUAGCUUUAAGCAACUUCAAAGCUUGACCUCCUUCUGAAUUUUCCAAAGAAUUUCUGCUCUCUUUCAGAAGGGCCUCCUCUUCAGGGGUCAACUUUACCUUUAUGACCUCUAUAAUGCCAUUCUCUCCCAGGAUGCAAGGAACACUAAGGAAUACUUCAUUUAUUCCAGAGACCCUGAACGUAAAGACUUUAAAUUAUUCCUUUAGCUUUCUUCAAACAUAGGUUUGCAAUAUAAAAAGUAAUUCAUUUUGCCUUUUGUAAAUGACUAACAGAUUUGUAGUGUCAGUUGGGGCAGAGAGACUACCAAGACAGAACAAUUUAAAAUAGCCCUAACGUUUAGAUUCAUCAACCAUCUUUUCACAUAGGCCCUGACCCCAACCCCAGCAUCUUUGCUGGGACAACCUCAUUUUCCUAUGUCCUUGCCCCCAAAAUUCUAUCAGAGAAUCACUUCAGCAUUCCUAAUACUUUAUUCCAUUUUGUUUUAACCUAUCCCAUGCAGACUAGCAGGGGGAACUUAGCCAGGUUCCCAACUUCGUCCUCCCCACAAGAAGAACUGCUAAUAGCUUUGUACUAGAGCUUCUUACCUAAGUCUCUUCACUAGGCAUAACUGGAACCAUCUGAGAAUAAAUUAUAAAGUAGCAAAACCUACCGACAAUGGUUCCCUAUGUUAAUAGGUGUGAUGAGUUAGUCCACUCAAAUAAAGAUGAAAGAAUACUUGAUAGUUGUAUAAUAAAUACUAUUCUAGGCUAAGACAAAGGUACACAGAAAUAGGUUUUCCCUCCUCUUUGUUUCUCUUCAGCAGCAGCAAAGAAUAGAUUUUAUGAAGAGAUUCUUCCAGAUGAUCAGCCUCAUUUUAAAAAGUCUUUCAUAUAUGCUCUUUUACCCAUUUAUGUUAAUGUUAAAUAAUUUUUCAAACAUGAAUAUCCUACCUUAUAGUAGAAACUGGAUGCGCUCUCCUAAGAUUCUUCAAAAUACUUUCUGUUAAAUCAGUUACAGAUGAAGCAACACCCCAAGAAGUAUAUCCUUUCUUUUUAAGCAUUUCAUACCCACUGGGGGAUUAAUAAAAAUCAUAAACUAUAAAUUAAUGAAGAAAUAGUUAUCAAAUGUCCAUUUUGUGGCAGCCCUAGCCCUUAGAAUUUAUUUCUGUCCACCCUAUAGAAAUAAAUUCUUUUUAAAAAUGGGAGGGGUGGGUGCAUAGGGCAAAAGGGUCAUUUUGUGACAAUGCCACACAAUGAAAUGUUUUCAUCAAUAAUUUCUCCUAGAAAUUUCUUAGUUUGGUUUAAAGUAAAUAGUUACAAGGUAAAAGAUCUAGAAAUUAAUAUGCAAUCAGUUUUACCACUAGCAGCAAGGACUAUAAAAACAGUUUAAAAGAACAUACUGUCCGCAAACAAACAGGUGCCUACUGUGUGGUGAGCACGACAGGCUCUGUCCCUGGAGGUUGUAAGAAUUUACAGUCUGGUGAAUUUGAUGAUCCACAAAAUAAAUGUGGAAGUGCUAAUGUAGAAGAAGUAUGGAAAAAAGAACGGUCAGCAUAUAUUUAAGGGGCCUAAUCUUACCCUUUAGCAAAAUCAGGCUCACAACCAACUUCCAAGGUAGUGAAGAUGCAAAACUGUUACCUGGAAACUACUUGUUUAUGAACAUCUCCCCACUGCUCAGGAUCUUUAUCAGUUCCUACAUCAGGGUGCAGAUCUUUCAGUGGGACCCCAGCAAUGUUCACUCCACUCCACACAGGAACUUAGAAAGGUAACAAAAAGUCCAUUUACAACAAGGUACUAUAUAGCAGGAUUUUUUUAACCUUGGCACAACUGUUAAAAUUGCACUAAGAACAACUAGGAAUGUUAACUGAACAAAAAAUUCAGAUGUCUAUAACCCUCCCACCCCAAAUCUGCUAAAUUAAAAUCUCCAUGGAUGAGGCAGACAAUUCUAUCAUCUUAGCAGAGAUUUUCCCAAUAAGACAGUGACAGUUUUAAACUUUUUAUCACUUCAAGUCCUUUUUCAUAGACAGGGUAUAGGUAUUAGGUGGGUUUCAAGAGUUCUUAGCCAGAAGAAAUGAAGGGGAAAUAAAGAAGCUAUCACCAUGCAAAUUAAUUUUCUUGUUAAUUUAAAGAAUUCCUGUUACUUGAAUUAUACACUAGAGUAUCCCAGUAAAAUAUAAACUGCAUUAUACUACUUAGGACUGUGUUAAGAAAGUCUUAUCAUUUUAACCAUCAUGUAAGAUUAUAGUAACAUUCUCAUUAUUUCAAAUUUGUAUUUCUGGUAGAUGAUAUUCUUAUAAAAAUGUUUUAAAAAUUAUAACACUACUAAUAGGGCUUAAAGAAGAACAGAAGUCCUUUCUCCCACCCAGGAGAAAUAUUUUACUUUAUGAUUAAAUAUCUGAAUGAUCAAUAAGGUCUAAAUGUAUUUCAGAGAGCAUGUACAGCUGGUUGGUGUUUUUAGACUUACCGCUUGAGUCUCCGUGCUCUCCAUGGACCAACCCAUGGCAGCUUUCAGGGUGGCUACCAAGCCUCUGCCCAAUAAAGAAACGGAAACGGGCAGUGUCCAGAUUACAGCUACUCCCAAUGACACAGAUUUUGGGAAAUGCACUCAGCUUCCAGACUAUGUAGGUUAAGAUACCCUUGAGAAGAAAACUUCACGUCAGAAAAAGUUCACAUCUAAAAUACAUUUUUUCAGAUUUAUUUAAAUUAAAACUGGUAAAUCUGAUGUGGUUUGUGUGGUGGAGAACAUGGAUCUCUAUCUAACUCCAGCUAUGCCACAAUUCCAACAAUAUCCACCGUAUAGAAAUAAAUUCUUUUUAAAAAUGGGAGGGGUGGGUGCGUAGGGCAAAAGGGUCAAAUGUAUGGUGAAUGAUGGAAACUACACUUUUGGUGGUCAUAAUGUAUGUAUAAAUGUGAAAUUAUAAUGCUAUACACCUGAAACCUGUAUGUUACAAACAAUUGUUACUUC